CAUGGCAGAGAACUCGCCUUCCCGGCGACCCCUGUGGCGGGGCGGGGCGCCUCAUGAAGAUGGUGGCGCGCGCGGCGUGUGGCUCUGGUCGUCUGCUCAAGUCUGAGCGCAGCCCACGGGCCGGCGUCUGGCUGGUCUGGAACCCUCGCCCGCCGGGUCCCUGACCUCGCGCUCCCUGCGCCCUCCACGUCCGGCUCCCGGAAUGCCCCGCGCCCGUAAGGGCAACACGCCCCGCAAGGGCGGCCAGCGCCGUGGAGGAGGCGCCCGUAGCAGUGCCCAGGCCGACUCGGGGUCCAGUGACGAUGAGGCGGCUAGUGAGGCCCGCAGUACCACCAGCGAGUGCCCCAGCCUUCUCAGCGCCACCGCAGAAGACAGCCUUGGGGGCGACGGCGUGGAUGAGCAGGGCCAGCAGGAAGACCUUGAAGAGAAGCUCAAGGAGUAUGUGGACGGCCUCACAGACAAGAGUGCCAAGACCCGGCAAGCAGCGCUGGAGAACCUGCGCCUGGCCCUGGCAUCCCGCCUGCUCCCCGACUUGCUUCUGGAAUGUUGUUUCACCCUAGCAGAUGCCCUGGAAAAGUGCCUCAAGAAAGGGAAGGGCGAGGAGCAGGCCCUGGCUGCUGCCGUGCUGGGCCUGCUCUGUGUACAGCUGGGCCCCGGAUCCAAGGGCGAGGAGCUCUUCCGCAGCCUGCGGCCCCUGCUCCAGGCCGUGCUCAGUGAGUGCACAGCCAGCCCUGCCGCCCGCCUCCACUGUGCUUCGGCUCUCGGCUUGGGCUGCUAUGUGGCUGCUGCCGAUGUCCAGGACCUGACCUCUUGCCUUGCCUGCCUAGAGGCUGUUUUUAGCCGACCCUGUGGCCCAGCAAGCCCCGCAGCUCACAUGGCACCCAUCAGCCUGCAUGGUGUGCUGUGUGCUGCCCUGCAGGCCUGGGCAUUGCUGCUUACCAUCUGCCCCAGUGCCCACAUCAGCCGCAUCCUCAGCAGGCAGCUGCCCCGGCUGCCCCAGCUCUUGUCCAGCGAGAAUGUGAACCUGCGGAUCGCUGCUGGAGAGACCAUCGCGCUGCUCUUCGAGCUCGCCCGAGACCUUGAGGAGGACUUUGUAUAUGAGGACAUGGAGGCCCUGUGCAGUGCCCUGCGCACCCUGGCCACCGACAGCAACAAGUUCCGUGCCAAGGCUGACCGCCGGCGCCAGCGCUCCAUCUUCCGUGCCGUGCUGCACUACGUGGAGGGCGGUGAAUGCGAGGAACAGACGGUCCGCUUCGGCAUGGAGGUGCUCUACGUGGACAGCUGGGCCCGGCACCGCACCUACACCUCCUUCAAGGAUGUGCUGGGCUCGGGCAUGCACCACCACCUCCAGAACAACGAGCUGCUACGGGACAUCUUUGGCCUGGGCCCUGUGCUGGUGCUGGAUGCCGCCGCCCUGAAAGCCUGCAAAAUCUCCCGCUUUGAAAAGCACCUGUACAACGCCGCCGCCUUCAAAGCCCGGACCAAGGCUCGCAGCCGUGUGCGGGACAAGCGAGCAGACAUCCUGUGAGGCGGGACCAGCGGGAGGCUUGUGCGUGCCCUUGCCUGUAUUUUUAACAGAACACAGCAGCAGCUGGCCUCUGCCAGCGAUUGUCACUUUAUUUUUUUAAUGACAGAACCAAAAACAGACACAGGGUGGGUGGCUGAAGAUCAGGACACCUGGGACCAUGACCCUCUGUCCCUGGCUUCAGCCCUGUGGCUGCCUCCUGCCUGGCCUCAGGAGGGCUAUGGGGACCCUAUCCUUGUCAAGCCUUGCUCCCCAUGGAGACCUACUCCCUUGGGGGGCGGUGCCAGCAGGUGCGGGGGCAAAGCUACCUGGGUUGGCUUGGUGCACUGGUGUUUAAAGAUGAUUGGAGAUGAAUAAAAUAAUGCUCAGC